CCACACGGCAUGGACGUGCCUCAGCAGGAAAACAAGGAAAAUUGAAAGCAAUCAGCAAGCAAGCAACCAGCAAACACAUAUUUACUGGCACUUUUUGAAGUCACAAACUGGACAACGGUCAACAACAGAAGCUGCAGCAACAGCAACAGCAACACCAAAAGCAGCAACAGCAGCAGCAGAAGUAGCAAAAACAACAACAAGGAAAAAACUCAAACAUCAUCAGCAUUUUUAUCUGUGUUAUUUUUUUUGUUAUUUCUUUUGAUUGUUGUCGUUAACUUUUGAAGGUUGAAGGCAGUUACAAAGUGAAUGACUUUUGACUUGAGUGAAAGUGUAAAAACCAAAAAACAAAAAAAAGAAUAGUGUGCAAAUUGAAUGGAAAUGAAAAGGAGAAUGAAAAUAAGAAUGAAUAUUAUACAAUUAUUAAACUAUUUUGUAAAAUUUUUUUUUGUAUUUGUAUCAAUUUCUCAAUUUGAUGAUUACGACAUUUCAUGCAUUCCAUCUGCGAAUAUAACAACACUCAACAUUUAACUUUUGAAGGCUGCGGCAUUUGCAAAUCAAAAAAAAAAACGAAUAGUGAAUGGAAUUAUUUGUUGACGAGUGAACGAGUGUUUAACGAGUGAAUAGUGAAAGCAAUUGAUAAAGUACUUUCGAUUGUCAUUUGAAUGCGUGAGUGUGUUUGUGUGUUUGUGUGUGUAUCAAACGUGUCUCUGUCCGUUUUUGUGGCUCUUGUUGUGGUGACUGCAUUUGUGCAUUUCGCGCGCUCAAAAGUAGGCAACAUAAAAUUGUUCCUGUUUUUUUUUUUUGGUUGCUUCCCACAAAAUGUUGCUGUGUGCGUGCUGGGUGCUAAGUGUGUGUCUGUGCAUAUGCAUCUGUGUGGUCGUGUAUGUGUGUACGUGUGCAAGUUCGCAUUAUUCAAUUGCCGAAUGCUGAAGCCUUCUUCAUCUUGCUGCAGAACAACUUGUUGUCUAUGCAAUACAUCUAUAUUUUUUUUGCAUUGUUUUUUUUAUCUGUUGUUGUUUAGCGCAAGCUGAGAACUGAGCCAGUAAACAAAUACACCCACCGAUCCACUGCCAACUAGGGAAAUUGCCCACUGCCAAAAAUAAAUUACUGCAAUUUGACAACACAAUCUAACGAAGAUCAACAACAAUUCAAGAAAAUUAUUAAAAAAAAAAAUAAACAACUAACAAAAAACGAGCAGGUAAUUUGUCGUUCUGUUUAUUUUUUUUUUGGUUGUUAUAAAAGCCAGAGGGAUUUUCAACGAGAGGACUGAGCUUCAACCGAAAUUCCAUCAAAGUAACUGUACGCAAUAUUUGCAGCAUUUGCCCCGUGUGUGCAUAUGGAACUGAAAUUACCAAAAUGGAAUUCACAUAAUCACUCUCUCGUUAUACGCCGUAAUAGUUCGCAAUUUGUACGCCGAUAAAUAAGUUAAUAUUAAUCAGGUAAGAUCAUCGUAGAGACUAAGACUAGUUGAUGUCCGAUCAUCUUUAAACAAUCUACUACUUAGAAGUGUUCUAAGUUAGAAAUACUUACAUAACGAGCUUGGUACUAAAUGCAAUUCAUGUGUUGUCAUUUGUUUGGUGAUAAAGUAAAGCAAAUUAAUCGUGAUACUUAGACUGAUGUGCUUAUGCAAUUUCCCAAAAAGACGUCCCAAAAUAAUCAAAUGAAAUAUUAAUAUUAAAAAGCUCAGCUAAAAUUGUGACUCAAUAUUAAUAAUUGUAAUAUUUCACUCAACAUAUUUAAGUCUAUAUCUUCUCUGCUCCUCGUCCAUCUUGUGCAGAGUUUUCAGUCAGUUGGUGCUGUAAAACAUUUUUGGUUGAUUGUGUUUUAUUUCUUUUUUAUUCGAGUGCCAGCGAAAAUCAAAGCUUCAAUUGUUACGCCUUGAAGCAAUGAACGAUAACGUAUCACGGCACCUGCCACGAUUUUACCGUGUCCGUUUAGUAUUUCUGUUACUACUGUGUGUUUUGUUUUUGCUGCAAAGUCUACAAGUGUUCGCUUCCGUUUCCGCCUUGCUCAACUGUCUCGCUGCCCGUUACCAUUUCGAUUGCACCGAUUCACCCUCUUCACCUUCUCGCUGUGCUCACUGCUAAACUGUUUUGUGCUCUCUUCACGUCCAUUUCCAUUUUGCAUUUUGCAUUUUCAUUUCCAUUUCGCAGUACGACGUCUCUUCUGUCGCUGUUUUUUUUUUUUGCUAUUCAAAUAGUAACACUGGCAUCGACAUCAUUUUGAAGCUCAUGAAUGACUUCGAUUUACCAGCUAGUUUUCGUUUUAUUGUUUUUUGCGUUCUUUUUCACACUACGUGUAAUCGUAUUGAUCUUGCCCGUUUUGUCUAAAUUCAUGACGUAUCCGAAACUGAAACCGAACGUGGAUCCUCAAAGACACAAACACUUCAAUACGACACAUAAUACGGUGAUAAGGCAGCAAAGUGCUUCGCCGCAAACGAUGAUUACAAGAUUAUACAAUACGGAAGAGGAUCCCGCCUAUUGCUCAUUCAUCUGGGGCGGAAAUCUUAGCAGCAACGAUCUCGUUCUCGGCACUCCAGCUAACGCGUCUCAGAUAUUCAGCAAUGAUCUGCGGGACGACAUAUAUACGCAGGACGUGGAGGAUCCGCGCACCGAAUCUCUACGCCAAUACUGCUACGGCCUCAUGCUGCCAAUCAUCUGCUCACUCGGCAUCAUGGGCAAUGUUCUUAAUUUAAUUGUCCUCACCCGUCGAAAUAUGCGGGGGACUGCGUACAUCUACAUGCGAGCGUACUCAACAGCCGCUCUGCUUGCAAUUGUCUUUGCCAUACCCUUUGGCAUACGCAUGCUCGUCCACAAGGAUCGUGGACAGUGGGAGGAAUUCGGACCGGCGUUCUACACGGCACACUUGGAGCUUUUUCUCGGAAAUGGUUGCUUGGGAGUGGGUGUAAUGAUGCUUUUAGUGUUAACUAUCGAGCGCUACGUGUCUGUCUGUCAUCCGGGAUGCACAAGACCUGUGAUAGGACCGCCUGGUUUGGUUGUGUUUCUGACCAGCUUCCUCACAUUCAUCAUCUACUUGCCGAGCAUCUUUCGCGGCGAGCUGAUCAAGUGCAUGUUGGUGCCGAACAAUGUGUUCGUCUAUUUGCGACGCGACAACACCGACUAUCAACGCACUCUCUUCUAUUCGGUGUACAAGGUGAUGCUCGAGGUCAUAUUCAAGCUAAUACCAACUGUGCUGAUUGCCGGCCUCAAUUUGCGCAUCGUUUUGGUCUAUCGACGCACCUGCGAGCGACGACGUCAGAUGGUUUUGUCCCGCAUCAACUAUGUGAAGGACGAUGAUCCGCGAAAAUUUGCCGAGGAGCGACGAUUAUUCCUGCUGCUCGGGAGUACAUCAAUUUUGUUCUUGGUGUGCGUUUCGCCGAUGGCCAUACUGCAUAUGACCAUAGCGUCGGAAGUGCUGCCGAGUUUUCCGUUUCAGGUGUUUCGGGCGCUCGCCAAUCUGCUGGAGCUAAUCAACUAUUCGAUCACGUUCUAUAUCUAUUGUCUGUUCAGCGAGGACUUUCGCAACACGCUGAUGCGCACCAUCAAAUGGCCGUGGCUGAAGGCCAAGCUCUGUCAUUAUGGGGAUGAGACUACACAGACCAUCAAGGGUGUUCCAAUGGUGCGAUUCGAUAAGGUGACCAUACGCAAUCAUCAACACCACAUCACCACCACAUCCGGCAUUGGACGGUCCAGCAGCAUCUAGUCCAGGUUAAGUUCCCACGCCUCUCCGCAAGCCCCCCAUUCCCCCAUUCAGUCCCCGCAGUCCCCUCACGUCCAUGCCCAAUUGCACACACCCCAACCCCCAGCCAAAGCAGGCCAUUCGCAAUCUCAGUCUGACAUUCUGCCCCAGUGCCACGCCCACAGUCAAUGCUGCUCGAUAGCUAACAAACGCAUCCAAGGCAAACUAAUGGUGCCCACUUACCGAACCUCCUAUCGGCCCACCCGUUAAUUGAUGCUGGACUCUUCCUCAGCUGACAAGAUUCUUGUUCAACAUUAAACAUAGACAAAAAGAGCAAAAUAGCAUCUAUCUAUCUAUCCUUCAUAAUCAUCUACGAUUCCUUUAGAGUGUCUACAUAUAUAUCAGCUAGUACAAUGCAGUACAAAAAACAAAAAAAAAACAGAAGUAUGUGAAAUUAUAUUUAAAUGUUCCAUAAAAGAAACCGAAAAUACAAAAUACAUAAUACGGAAAUAAUUCCAUACAAGUUAUAGGUGUGCAAUUAAUAUAAUAACGGAAUACAUUACAAGGAAAAAACAUACAUACAUACAGUUCAAUGCAAAAUAAAAUCGAUGUUAUGCAAAAUAUCAUAUUUUGAUCAA